UGCAACUGCAGUUGUUUAGCAUCAGUCUUCACGGAAUCUGUCGACAACACGGAUCAGACAACUACAGAUGACCCUUAUAACCCUGCUUCAGACGUAUUUUGGGAGUUCGAAAGAGAAACAGUCCCUGGUGACACCUACAAUGGCACAGAAGAAGCAUGGGGAAAGGAAUAUCCAUCAUUUGGACUGCAGCUACAAAAAGGGUUAGCAGCAGAUGGCACAGAGAAGCAUUAUGCAGUGAUGUGGCUACAGUCAGCCAUUUUCGGACAUGAACCUCAACAGGAACUGUUUGAACUGAACUUUGACCCGUCAGAGGCAUUCCACGUGUAUUCCAUGGACUUUCGAGUUGACCGGACUGACCCAAAGAACGAGAUAUGGUCUGUAGACCUCAUCAUUGACGGAACAGGAGCCUUAGCUUUAUCAGGGUUACCUCCACUUCCGACCGACGCGGUUGUUACGUUCAGCGUCUGGAACUUUGAAGACUUUGUUCCAGAUGUGGAGGACCCGUUUUAUCCACCGACGGCAACAGCAAACUUUAAGGAUGUGAACUUUCCAGCGAGCUCGGACCAACUUUGUCGGUACGGCGAGCCUUUCCGCAAUGGAGGCAGCGCCAUUUUGUCAUUCAUGGCAGGAGUGGGGACUGAGGCAUUCCAGGAUGACGUUGUCUCUUUCAGGAGGGUUCCUGACCACUCGUGCAUUCCAUGUUUGAAGGAUUGUGACAACUUCUACUGUUCCAAUGACUGCGAUGGUUCCGAGGCUACAGAAUAUCAUGUAUUGUUGGACAACUUGGCCCUAGAUGUAAACAGUACUGUCGAAGAUGGUGCUGAUAACGUAACGGUCCCAGCGAAAUACUAUAUGACAAUUAAAGCAAGAACAGCAUCGGGAAGACAGGUCGUUACAUCAUCCGAUGGAGUUUACAUAGACGUAACACCACCGAGGUUUGAAUCCCUAUUCCACGUGGACACAUCAUGGUCAACGGACGAACCAUCAGAAUUCCAAGGAUCAAAUUCUUCCAUCGCUGUUCGCUGGAGAGCUAUAGACAUGGGAAGCAAGAUUACUGAAUACCGUUGGGCUAUCGGUACUUCUAAAGGCAGCAGUGAUAUUCGAGAGUUUUACACCAUCAUCCCAACUGACGAGAAAGAUGUCCUUGCUGUAGCGGAAGAUUUAGAGGGUCUUCUUGAAGAUGGCGAGGUCUACUACGUUACUGUAGUGGCUCUCAACUUAGCUGGACUCGAGGAGACUGUAUACACCAAUGGUGUAACUGUUUUGAUGACUGAACCGAACACCACGAGUGCCAACAUCUCCGUCCCAGGCGCCGUGCAGAUAGCUCCUAACGUAGUGUCCACUGAGGAUCAGACAAAUCUCGGUUUCAUUUGGACUGCAGUAGAGGACGCCGGCAUCAAUGCGUACUACUUCAGUGUUGGUAGCGCAAAGAACAUACCGGAUGACAUCGUUCCCCGCACUCAAGUCGGAGUUAAUGGUUCCGGAUACAUUUCCAUUCAUGACGGCAUCGUUGAAUUUGAGGGGUUCAACGGUGACCUCUCCGAGAUGAGAGAGAGGACUAUCGGUGAUGCCAACAAAACGUUUCCAAACAAUUUUCUGAUGGAGCCUGGAAGAAAUCUGUUCGUACAUAUGGAUGCGUGUAAUGCAGGCCAUAGAUGUAGCGGAAUGCAGUCACCCACUGUUGUGAUACACCGUGACAGUGAUACAAUUGGAACAUCAACGAAUGGAGAAGAUCUUACCUUGGAAUGCGUAGACGGGGCCAAUGCUACAGUGGUCGUGAAAACUACUGGAGGUUUGCACGCUGGAGAAAGAAUUGUGUGCAGUCCAUUGUCCAAACAGGACGUUGGGCAGGAGUAUACAUCAGACGCGUCAGCCAGGUUCAAGCCCAUCAUUGUCAACCCCUACCUAACAGCGGAACUUACGGACAGAAACCUGCGACACAGGAUUCGUAAAUUCACCGACCACAGCUUCGUGCUAAGUCCAGUUGCUGAUCAUGAGUUACAAGGCCCCCUCAACAUCACAGUCACCAUAGAGAACCUGACGGCAGCACCUUCUGAGGUUUUUAGACUGCUCUUCUGGCAUGCAGAUUCAGAGACGUGGCAGGAUGCCGGACGUACAUGCCAAUCCUCCGCACAAACAUACACGUCCAAAAACACAUCGGAGUUCAACGUUCAGGUUUGCAACACCAGCAACGUUCUCACAGAUCCUAAUUCCAUACAUCCUGAAAAAAUGUCUCAGCAGGGAGGCACCUUCCUUGGAAAAGAGACAUUCUUUGUCGUUGCGCUCGUCGAUUCAUCUUUCCAAAACAGUGCACCGCGCCUCGCCGUGUCACCCUACCUGUGGACCUAUGAGGAUAUCCCGAUUGUAACAUACUUGGAGGCGGUAGAUGACGACGAUGACGACGUAACGUUCAGUAUAGACAGGUCUACUGAGACUUUGUUCAUCGGAGAAGUUGAAAUUGAGCCGAAUGGGAAACUCCGCUAUACACCAUGCAAAGACUGCGUUGGCAAGGACCUUGUAACUGUUGUUAUGAGUGAGAACAGGAACGAUGGAGAAACGCCACUGGUGACGAGAGAGACAAUCAACAUUGAUGUCGUCGCUCUUGAAGACAACCCCGACGUAUUUGCAGUGAAGAAUGGAGUGAAGGUAAACAGCACAGGUGACUCCAUCACAGUUACACUGGAGGAGAACACAGCGCAAAGAGUAAACCAAUCGAGGUACGAUGUCCUGAUCUUUGGAUCGGACAUAGAUACGCAUGAUGUCUUGUCCCUGGUAUUCCACGACCCAAGCAAUGGCACUUUGGCCUUGUCAAAGAUGGUGCGAAACAUCACCUUCCUCUAUGAUGACACCGGCGACCGUACCACGGUAGUGGAUGGCGAUAAGUUUGCAAAUGAGUUGGCAGAGGAAGUGUCCAUCCCCUACCCACAGAACCUCCUGAUGCCACACCGACCAGAGAAGUACUCCUGGGUAGCGGUUGGCUUCACAUACGUUCCGGACAUGACCUUCUAUGGACAUGAUCAGGUCAGGGUGUAUGCUCAUGACCAGAGUGGCAAACGUUCCGACGUACUUACCUUUAACAUCUUCGUCCUUGAAAACCGCUGUAUGAAUGGCGGCUUGUGCACCGGUCCCGACCACGAUCCAAACUGCACAGACGUUCAGCGGAGCGUCUCCUUCAAUGGGUACGAAUGCGCAUGCCUGGACGGUUACUACGGAAGGUACUGCGAGGGCGACUUUGACGAAUGUUCCUCCAACCCCUGUCCGCAGAACUACACGUGUGUCGACCUUCCUAACGACUUCCUCUGUGAUUGUGGCUCCCCGGCCUGGCCGUGCGCCUCGCAGUCCAUCGCCACCAUGGCAGAUCGCACUCGUCACUCUCCUGUGUCUUGGUGUCACUAUUGCUGUCGUCGUUUGGGCAUUGUGUUACGCAUCGAAGAAGGACAAGAAUAAGAUUGGGCCACUCCGCAUCUCAGAUGAAGACAUCGAGCUCACCAAUAUGCAUACCGAAAGGCCAAGUGACCUCGUACAGCUAAAACAGAACCCGUGGGUUCGUCCUGAGCUGCCAACCGGGGCACCACAAGCACCGCAAGUCCCCCUGAAGGCCCUGAAAGAGACA